AUGGUGGCAUUAAAUGUAAAUAAACACGGAAAAAAAGUAAAUAAAACGCGAAGAAUAAGGUUAUUAUCAAGAGAUUUUCUAAAGUACAUAAGUUACACACAUACUCGAAUUACCAUUACUAUAGUUUUAUUGAAUAAGUAUUAUUCUGAUUUUUUAAAGACCAAACAUAUUUCGCUUACCAACGACAAGAUGAACGUUUGUGAAGAAACAAAAUGCGGCUUACAAACAACUUUAAUUGGGAGUAUGCCGAAACCUGCUUAUUUAAAGAUACCUUGUUGGAUAGCCAAUGGGAAAGAAAACCCAAAUUGCACUGCUGACUACAACGAUGUAAAAAAGCAAUUUACUUCUGAGCAGUUGCAAGAUCAAGUGGAAAGAGCAAUUAGAGAAACCAUAGAUUUCCAAUGUUCUAUUGGCAUUUCAGUUGGAAUAGAUGGUGAAAUGGGUCGUAAUAAGUAUGUAUAUAGUUUUUGCCGGAACUUGAAUGGUAUUGAUUUUGGUAAUCUAAAGGAGAAAAUCUGCCGCAAUAACAGUUGGGUUGGCAAUCUUCCACAAAUUAUUUCCAAAGUGUCAUUGAAACCUGAGAAUGAACGAUCAGAUCCUCAAGAGGAAUGGAGAAUAGCGCAAAACAUGUCCUCCAUUCCUAUCAAAUACACCAUUCCAGGCCCUUUAACAAUUGCAGACACUACGGCUAAUGAAUUUUAUGAAGACGAAGAGGAACUUUCAAGUGAUCUUGUAAAUUGCAUAAACCAUGCAGUUUUAGGAUUAGUGAAGGAAGGCUGUAAAUAUAUUCAGAUUGAUGAGCCAGUGUUGGUGAGAUAUCCAGAAAAAGCUUUAAAAUUCGCAAUAACAGCAUUACAAAAAUGUUUUGACGGUGUGCCGGAUGAUGUGACGAAAAUAGUUCAUAUGUGUUGUGGUUAUCCAACGUAUCUUGACCAAACAGACUAUCAGAAAGCAGAUCAAGAUGCUUACAUCAAGGUAGCUGAAGCUUUAGACCAGAUAGGUCUUGACAUGAUUUCGUUAGAGGAUGCUCACAGAAGAAACAGUAUGGAGCUAUUCAAGAAGUUUAAAAACACUACGAUAAUUCUUGGUGUCAUUGAUGUAGUUAAAAGUCGUGUUGAAACUGUUGACGAGAUAAAGAAUCACAUCAAAGACGUUCUUGAUUACAUUCCUUUAAAAAGAUUGGUGAUUGCACCAGAUUGUGGAUUGAUAUUUUUACCACAGGAUAUAUUAGAACAAAAGUUGAAAAAUAUGGUUGAAGCAGCAGAAUCAUUUUCUAUCGCUGAUUGAGAUUUAUAUAUGACUUAUUUGUCUUAUCUUUCGUUCGUGUAUUAUCGUUCGUUCGAUUGUGUAUUAUCGUUCUAUCUCUUGUUAUCACUUAAACAUGUGUAUUAUCGUUUAUAGUUUAUUAUCGUUUAUAAAAUUAUAUGUAUUACUUAAAUACAACACCGAACCAACGUC